AUCAAGAUGGCGGCAGUGAGUAGUGAACGCUGGCUUAACGAAUUACCGAACCAUGAUAUUUUCAAAAAGUUGCGGCAGAAUUUGGAUUCAGAGGCGAAUGGGAAAGGAGGAGGUGUCGCUAAAAACCUAACUUUUUGUUUGGACGGGGACUUUUUCGUGUGGGACGACGCGGAGCGCGUGUUCUACACGACUAACUUGCGGCGGCUGAACUCUGAGGAGGAGCGGGAGGAUGAGGUGCGGGAAGGCGGCCGGAGCUUCCAGACGUUGCUGUGCGUUAACCCGCCUCGGUUCGAGGUCUAUCACGUGUUGCUGAGCCCCGCGUGCCAGCACGUGGCGCUCGUGGGGCGGCGCGGCGCCUCGGUACUGGAGCUGCCGCAGCGCUGGGGCAAGAAGUCCGAGUUCGAAGGCGGACGGAGAGAAAUAAACUGCAGGAUCGUCCCCGUGGCCGAGCGCUUCUUCAUCAGCUCCCCCUCCAUCAGUCUGCGCCAAGCCGCCUGGUACCCCAGUGGCACAGGGGAACCCCGCUUGGUGCUGCUCACUUCCGACAACACCAUCAGGUUUUACGGCCUGAAUUCGCCCCAGACUCCAGCACAAGUCUUGCCCCUCUUGCAGUCGGAGGAGGAGGUCCCCAUCCAUCCUCCGGUUCACUCCUAUGCAACAUCUCUCGGAGAGAUAGCUGUGGCGUUUGACUUUGGGCCGGUUUCAUCCACGCCCCGUAAGUUUGCAGCCCAGAGCUCCAAAGAGCAGCCAGUCUACCCUUUGUAUAUCCUCUAUGAGAACGGUGAGACCUACCUGAGCUACACCAGCCAGGCCAAUGGUCUGAGUCUGAGCAAACCCGUCGGACCCCUGCCUAUGUUCCCUGCAGCAGAGGAUAACUACGGCUAUGAUGCCUGUGCCAUCAUCUGUCUGGCUUGUGUGCCGAGUAUCCUGGUAAUCGCCACUGAAACGGGCACACUUUAUCACUGCGUGGUGCUGGAGGAAGAGGAGGAGACGGCGGCGGUGGAAAAGUGGAGCCAAGCUGCUGAACCGGUACCGGCUCUGUAUGUACUGGAAUGUGUUGAGCUGGAGCUCACCCUCAAAGUGGCUGCAGGAGAGGAUGAGGAGCCUCAAGAACUGGAUUUCACCUGCCCGAUCAGACUGCACAGAGACUCCCUGUGCCCACACAGGUACCACUGCUCUCACGAGGCGGGGGUGCACAGCGUGGGUCUCAAUUGGGUCAGCAAGCUACAGGCGUUCCUCACAUCAGGAGAUGAGGAUAAAGACAGCCUACAGCAGCUGGCAGCAGAGAAGCACUGCAUUGUGGAGCACAUUAUCUGCACCAGGCCACUGCUGACCAGCCGGGCGGCACCGGUGCGUGGCUUUUUGAUCAUGUCAGAGCUUUCUCUGGGCAUCACCAUGAUCUGCAUCACUGACAGCUACGAGUGCAUCCUGUUGCCGCUACUAAGCUCCAUUCGCCCGUACUCCCCUCCUCUGUUCUGUAACCAGCCAGAUGGAGGUGCAGUGGGCUCCCCUCUGCGGGGGCUGGCUAACAACACCUUCGAGCAACACGUCCGCAACAUCCUGUCACGCAGCUCCACCAAUCCUCUAGUACUCCGCUCCGGGGACAAGGACGCCUCACCACCCCCGUCAGAGUGUCUGCAGCUCCUCAGCAGAGCCACGCAGGUCUUCAGGGAGGAGUACAUAAUCAAACAGGAUCUGGCCCAUGAAGAGAUGAAGAGGAGAGUCAAGCUUCUGAUGGGCCAGAAGACCAAGCAGAUGGAGGAGCUGGCUCUGUGCAUAGAGGAACGAAAGAGUCUGAGAGACACGGCUGAAAGGCUGGCCGAUAAAUACGAGGACGCCAAGUAUCGGCAGGAAGCCAUCAUGAGCAUGAUUAAAAAAGUGCUGGGCAGCCUGCAGGGACAGCUGCCUGUGCUGUCAGAAAGCGAGAAGGACAUGAAGAAGGAGCUGCAGGCCAUCAGCGAGCAGCUCAAACAUCUAGACAACUGCAUCAGGCAGGUGCACAUGAAGAUGGACUACCAGAAGGCACAGGUGGAUAAGGACAGUCCUUCAGACGCUGCACCAGUAAUGGUCAAUGCCCACCACAAGAGGGCGAUACGGGACAUCCUCAGACAGCAGGGACAGGAAAUAGGAGACAUGAUGAAACAGAUCAAAGACAUCAAGAAUCAUUUCAGCUUCUGAACGCUGCAUUUCAGUUUCAAAAAGUUUCCGUAUGACAUAACUAUUUGAGGG